AUGUACGCCAAAGGUAAAGGAGCCGUGGUCCCUUCCGACAGCCAAGCGCGAGAAAAGUUAGCUUUAUACGUGUAUGAGUAUUUGCUUCAUGUUGGCGCACAGAAAUCAGCACAGACCUUCCUAUCAGAGAUCCGAUGGGAGAAGAACAUCACACUCGGGGAACCUCCUGGAUUUUUACACUCGUGGUGGUGCGUAUUCUGGGAUCUGUACUGCGCCGCCCCGGACAGGAGGGAGACAUGCGAACAUUCCAGCGAGGCCAAGGCCUUCCAUGAUUAUAGCGCCGCCGCCGCCCCCAGCCCAGUGAUGGGCAACAUGCCGCCCAACGACGGCAUGCCGGGAGGACCCAUGCCCCCAGGAUUUUUCCAAGGUCCCCCAGGAUCUCAGCCUUCUCCUCAUACGCAGCCUCCCCCACACAACCCCAGCAAUCCCAUGAUGGGCCCUCACGGACAGCCAUUUAUGUCGCCGCGGUACCCAGGUGGUCCUAGACCCGCACUCCGCAUGCCAAACCAACCACCAGGGAGCAUCCCUGGAUCACAACCUCUCCUGCCAAACAGCUUGGACCCCACCAGACCCCAAGGACAUCCAAACAUGGGCGGUCCAAUGAGAAUGAAUCCUCCUCGAGGAAUGGGAGCAAUGGGGCCACAGAAUUACGGUGGAGGAAUGAGGCCUCCUCCGAACUCCAUGGGGCCAGGCAUGCCUGGCAUGAACAUGGGUCCUGGCGGAAGAGGCCCCUGGCCGAACCCCAACAAUAACUCGAUAGCUUAUUCAUCUUCAUCUCCGGGCAACUACGUGGGCCCCCCGGGGGGAGGAGGACCACCAGGAACCCCCAUCAUGCCAAGUCCAGGAGAUUCAACAAACUCGAGCGAAAACAUUUACACAAUGAUGAACCCCAUCGGCCCUGGUGGGAACAGACCUAAUUUCCCAAUGGGACCGGGGCCAGACGGGCCCAUGGGUGGCAUGGGGGCCAUGGAACAGCACCAUAUGAACGGCUCUCUAGGCUCUGGUGACAUGGACGGGUUGCCAAAGAAUUCUCCCAACAACAUGGCAGGCAUGAACAAUCCCCCCGGCACUCCGCGGGAUGACGGCGAGAUGGCAGGCAACUUUUUAAACCCAUUCCAAAGUGAAAGUUAUUCACCCAACAUGACGAUGAGUGUGUGAUUCGUUUUUUUUUUAUUUUAUCUUUUAUUUUACUUUUUCAUCUCCCUUUUACCCUCUCCCCCCUCACCCACGGUGCGUCUUGCAUUGCCCUCUUCCCCUUUUCCUCCCUCGUCCGUGUGGAUCGGCCGGCGCGCAGCCCCUCGGGAUGCCCAUGGACAGCAGGACCCCCCUCAAGGGCCCCCAUCCCAACGUCUGUAAAAUGGGCGUAAGAACAUGAGACUUUCUUCCUCGCCUGCUGCGACCACUCUCCCCCCUGAUCGCUCAUCGUCAUGAGCCUUGGAGCACCCCCCCCGAAAAAAAAAUCGCCCCCAGUCCAUUCAACCAGUCAUGAAGCUCAGCAAUGGCACAGCCCCCCCAAAAAUCUUUUGUGAAAUCUUGACAUAUUCUGCUGCAUUCAAGACCCAUUGGGAAAUAUGCCAGUCAGCACUCAGAUGGUUUCGAUUGAAAAAUUACACAAAAAUACUAGGCCAGUAUUUGUUUUAUUUUUGUUGUUUUUAAAAAAAUAAAUACUAUCUAUAUACAUGUACAUACAUCAUGUGUACAUACCGGUACAAAGAUACAUACUUGAUGUACCGUGGCUAUAAAAAGCCUACUAGAACAUCUCAACAUUAUUUGGGGUUCAUCAGGCCCCCUUUAAAUGGUAGCAGGUGUGUACUGACUCCCAUGUAAUGUGGGUUUAAAUGUGACUGCUUCGUUCUGAACACAGCCACAUCCUAGUUACGAGGGUGUGCACACUUAUGCAACCUAUUAUCUCAGUUCUUUAACUUUACUAUUCUGUUUUGAAAAGUUAAAAUAAAUCAAUAACACCCGAUGGACAUGAUUCAAUACAUUGAUUUUUUCUUGUAGGCUCAUGUUUUUAAAAAUCUCAAACACCAUUUGGACAAGGGUGUGUAGACUUUUUAUAUGCACGGUACAUCAAGGUACAUCGUGAUGUCCGCCAAGUCCGUAAGUAGCAACUCUGAACUGAAGCAGCUUAAUCCAGUAUGAGGUCAUAUAAACUUCUGGUUUGUAGAAUACAGCAUAUCUUCAAAUCAGCCAUUCCUCCACUAACAGAUUUGUGUAAAUAUUUAACCUGCAUUGUUCUUUUUAUUCAUCGAUGCAAACAAUUGUGCCUGUAAAUCCCUAAAAUGUAUUUUCCAUGCCCUCAAAUCUGUUUUUUUUUUAUGUCGUUUAAUCUCGCCUAUUUUUUAAUUCAAUUUUGCCCAUUGAUAUGAAGGAGUGUUAGCGCCACUCUGUAAAGAAAAUGUGAGGAUUUAACAAAAAUUUAAUUAUUUUAAGAGAUGAAAUAAAGUUGGAAUAACAUGAGAAUUAGGUUCAAACGUAUGACUGAAAUUUUCAUUUUACAAGGCCUUAAUACUCCUUCUUACAUUAACCAUCCAGACAAUUGGAACAGUGAUAGAAAAAGCCAGGUGAUUCUUUCUUAGUUUUUUUUCUUUCAUUUUGAUUUGAUGUAUUCGCCGGUCUGAAUAAUGCACAGAAUGUUCCCAGAAUCUAUGUAACAUGAUUCCUCCUGUACAUUUGGCCCAAUUUUUAAGGGAUAAAAAAAUGAUAUUAUAACGUAUGUGCUGGGUGGAUAUCCAAGAUUUAGCUCCCAGAGGAAGCCAGUGGGGGGGAGACACUCGCCGGUCAACAUAAUGACACCCAACCUUCCCUUUCUUCCCUCGAGUGUCAUCCCCCUUAUUAUUUUUUUGUUCCCGUUUUUGUAAAUACUGUACAAUGCAUUUUGAUAUCAUGGACAUGUUUUGAUAUGUCAGUCACUACCGAUGAGUACAGCUGAGAGUAAAUUAUUAAUGAAACUGUCCAUGUUUUCUUUCAUAGAGGAGAAAGGACGCCCGUUGACUAUUUGGCUCA